CUCAGCAGCAUUCCAGCCUGGUGACUCAUAGCAGAUGUCAGCCUCAACUCUGCCGAAUCUAAUAGCAAAAACAGUCGCAGUUUGGGAAGGGCUCUGGAAUUAUUUGCAUCAGCUUAAGAAGAUUUAACUUUGAGUUCUGUCCAGAAGUUAAAGCUUCCAAAAUGAAGAUUUUGAUAAUGAUUGAUUUUGUCCUUGCAGCUAGCUUGAUGAAUGUCAUUGGCAGCUCUGAUUUUCAGAAAUGUUUUCAAGAGCAGAUACGACUUCAGGGCCAGGUGAGGCUUCUGGAACAUCGUGUGAAAUGGCAGCAGUUAAAAAUUACACAGCUCUUAGAGAAGAAAGAGAUUCAGCACAGUGACAGAGAAGAUGAAAACAGUGUCAUUGACUUGGGAGGAAAAAGACAGUAUUCAGAUUGUGCAGAAAUCUACAAUGAAGGCCAUAAGCAAAAUGGAUUUUAUAAAAUAAAACCAAUCCAGAGUCCUAGAGAGUUCCUUGCGUUCUGUGACAUGUCUGAAGGAGGUGGCUGGACUGUGUUUCAGAGACGUUCUGAUGGCAGCCAGAAUUUUGAUAGAGUCUGGGCUGACUAUGAAGAAGGCUUUGGAAAUUUUGUUUUGAAAAAUGGUGAAUUUUGGCUUGGAAACAAAAAUCUUCAUUAUUUGACUAAUCAAGGGAAUUAUACUUUAAGGAUUGAUUUGACUGAUUUUGAAGGAGAACGGCGUUUUGCACAGUAUGCAGGAUUCAGAGUUGCAGGAGAAGAGCAUUCUUAUGAGAUGAGUUGUGGUGAAUAUUCUGGUACAGCUGGCGAUUCCCUUACUGGUGGAUUUCAUCCUGAAGUAAAAUGGUGGGCUGAUCAUCGAGGAAUGAAAUUCAGUACUAGAGACAGGGAUAAUGACAACUAUGAAGGGAACUGUGCUGAAGAGGAAAAGGCUGGCUGGUGGUUUAACAGGUGUCACUCUGCCAACCUGAAUGGUGUGUACUACAGAGGUCCCUACACUGCCAAGACAGACAACGGGAUUGUCUGGUACACCUGGCACGGCUGGUGGUAUUCCCUAAAAUCCGUUGUCAUGAAGGUCAGACCUGCAGACUUUGAACGUAAUAUUGUCUAAAUAUUCAAUUCACACAAUUCACCCCAUUAAUCUUUUAGGAAAUUCAUUCCAAAUUAAAAUGGGCAGAUUUUUACUUCUCAAUCUAUGCGUAUAUAAAUUUGGAAUAAUUCCUCCGCAAUCAGUAGGUUUUUCCAGAUGCAAGUGAAAAGACAAGCUAGCCUAUGAACCUUUAGAUACAAAUAUUAAUGCUAAUGGAUCCAGGUGGUUUUGUUUGUUUUAAGCAAAUGUUCAGCUAGGAAUAAGGACAUCUUCAUUAAGAUGGACAUUUUUUUGCUUUACAGUAACUCCAAACCCUUUCACCCUUAAAAAUAAAAGUAUUGUUACUGUGCUGUCUCCAAAGUGAAAAUUAAUUGUACGUACACAAUUAAAAAAACACUACUCAAAUAAAAGCAUAAGAUUUA